AUGAGGAUGAAGAUAAUAAUAGCUGAAGGUAUUGUUUUGCUAUGCUUGCUUACAGGUCCAAGUCGAGCAUUUGGUGAUCUUAUUGCAGCAUCUGGUAUCACGGACGCAAUGCUAGAUAGUUUGAUUGCGCUGAAGGACUUGGAAGGGGUUGAAGGAUUGCCACCUCUUAGUGAAAUAGAAGAGAUUCGUUAUGAAAAGAAUACAAGAAAAUCGUCAAGAGAUGAAAUAGAACGCCAGAAACAGGAGGAAAUUGCCAAAGCAAGAGUGAGACAAGUAGACGAUCAGGGUAGGGCUUAUGGAACAGGAAGAAGAAAAUGCAGUAUAGCCCGUGUUUGGAUUCAACCUGGUGAAGGAAAGUUCAUAGUUAAUGAUAAAGAAUUUGAUGUCUAUUUCCCAAUGCUUGAUCACCGUGCUACUCUUCUUCGGCCUUUCUCAGAGACAAAGACCUUGGGUCUUUGGGAUGUUAAUUGUACUGUUAAAGGUGGUGGUGUCUCAGGUCAAGUUGGGGCAAUUCGGUUGGGUAUCAGCAGGGCAUUGCAAAACUGGGAACCUGACUUACGUCCUGCACUCAGAUCCGUUGGUUUCUUGACGAGAGAUCCACGUGUGGUUGAAAGGAAAAAACCAGGGAAGGCAAAAGCAAGAAAGAGCUUUCAAUGGGUCAAGCGUUGAUCAAUUUAUUGGGGCUUUUUGCAUUUUCAAUGCCCACCCUCUUAUGGAACAUCAGUUUUGUCACCAUUGCAAUAACUUAUUGAGAUCAUUCAACUUGUAUUUUAGCUUGCAAUACGGUUUUAACGUAGAAGUGGUGGAAGAACAGUGAAGAUUUUCUUGAGCCAUGUACUUUUAUGAAGCAAAAAUUCUCUCCUAUUUUUUUCAACGUUCUGUGCGAUAAUGUGUGUAGUCCAAAACUUUGAUGCUGAAUUUCAGUGGUCAUUAUAGCUGUUAACUUUUUAUUUCUGGGCGA